AUGACGCGCGGUGCAUUCUUGGCACCGGUGCUGGUGCCUGUAAACACCUGUUUUGUCAACCUCCCUCUCGCCUUUGUGCAGUCUUUCUUACAAAGCCCUACUAUCGCGGAUGCCGGUUCCACGAUUCUCAAGUUGUCAUGGGAGACGCCGAACGGAUAUAUUCGGAGCGUGUGUGUUGGAUGGAAUGGUGGUAUCGUGAAAGAUCGGGCGCUGCGCAGCGACGUCAUUGAAGUACCCACCGAGUUAGCGUGCUGCGUGGGCAUUCAUCAUGUGGAGACGAUGCCACAGUCCUUUAUCGAAGUAAAUGUGGAAAAUACGCUUCCGAUAGCUCGGCAAGUAAACGUAGAGCCUUGCACACCAGAUGACUGGGAGCUGAUUCAGCUCCAUACGGAAAGUAUUGAGAUGGAGCUUCUGCGACAGAUGUGUGUGGUCAAUGAUAAACAAGUGAGUCCUAUCUGGAUAAACCAGAAUACAUUAAUUCGUAUCCAAGUGUCUCUUCCGGAUGAAAUGGAAUAUGCUCGGUUGACUCCGACAUCAGAAAUUAUUGUGGCACCGAAAGAACGUCCAGUAUAUACAGCGGAGCACAGCUUGAGCCCUGAUCUAGAUUUUAAGCAAUCGCUAUUUUUCAUGGUCCAGAAAAAUUUUCAGAAUGACUUAACUGACCAAGUGUGGGUACAUCCAGAGUCGUUAGCAACACUGUAUGGUGAUGCGUAUUCUGACACUCCAUCAAAAGCACAAGAUGAUCUGGUCGUAGCACUUUGGAUUGCGGAGUCGAAAGACACGACCACUAUUGAAGCCCACAACAAGCUUUUAAGACAGCAACUUGAUUGCUACAUUGCCAGACUAAGGGGAUCGUAUGGUGUUGCGCGGGGUCACAUUUUUCUAAAUGCAGGAGCGGCAGCUACAUUGGGAGCCAGUCGCUCGCUCGCAAUGUUCAACAAGCCUUUUUGCGCUGGAUCAGCUCAAUUGAUUGCAAUCACUAUUGAUGCCAUCAUUGACAUCCAAUACGAUACUAAAGAAGAUAAUUGUGCUGAGCAGCACAAAGAUUUUUCGGCAGGUUCUUUAAUGAAGUAUACAGUGCUGGGUGGAAACAAUAAAUAUAAUCUAUCGGAAGAUCAAGUGAUUGUGCUUGAUGCACCUGCCCGCCAACAGCAAGUGUUUGAGAAAAUAAAUCAAACAGCAGGAUCGAUUAGUGCGCUGGAUCAAUCCUUCAAGUUAUCACGUGCCACUAAGAUUUAUAAGCUGUUGAAGAAAGCAGUGCGGCCAAUUCUGUCUUGCAAUGGGUCAGCUAUACGAGUUUUGCUGGGUACAAAAUCUCCGGGAUGCGCCCUGAUGUAUGGUGAGCGAGGUAGCGGAAAGUCGACAAUUUUACGAACGCUGGUACACGAGGUUCAAACCUCAUCGAAUUAUUUAUCUUUCGCAAAGGUUGUCGACUGUCGAGAUUUACGCGGACGUAAGAUGGAGUCGGUGAAGUCCCAAUUGAACGAGUUGUUCGAAAACUCUGCAAAGUUAGCCCCAACUUUGAUUGUAUUAGAUAAUUUGGACGCGCUGGUGCCAGAAGAAGACGAGUCGGGUGGUGUCGCAAACGAACAAUCUCGGCAAAUCGCGGAGUUACUCGUGAUCUUGCUGAAACAGAACUUUUACCGAAUAGGGAAAGCAACUGCGGAGUUAAAUGCAUCAUUUAAACUAGAGUGCGAAAUUAUUUCCGGGUUAUCUCAUAGAGACCAACAACAAGCGCGAAAAAAGCUUCUAGAGACAGUGGGCAAUGCUAUGCAGAGCAAGAGUGUUGCUAUCGUUGCAGCUGCUCGAUCCGACACCAACAUUCAUAAGAUUUUGCGAACGUGUGGGCUUUUUGAUCGCCCCAUUAAAGUCGACCUACCAGAUACAGAACGACGUGCGGUAGUGAUUCACGAGAUGCUACGAAUGAAGGUUAACGAUGCGAAGUCGAAUGGCAAUGGAGCGAAGAGCUCGCGGCAUAUUGCUAUUGACCCUGCCAUCGAUUUUGGACUACUAGCGUCCAUGACGGAAGGCUACAAUCUUCGCGAUUUGUCGAGUGCAACUGACCGUACGUUGCAUCAGAUGCUAAAACGUUCCGACCUUGAGCAAUCGAGCAAUUGCUCUGAGGAACUUUACACGGUCAAUCAAAACGAUUUUGAAAAAGGCAUUCAUGAAUUCCGACCAACAGCUUUGAUUGGAGUGGAUCUUUUUAAGAGUUCAGUCAAAUGGAGCGACGUUGGUGGAUUGCAUGACGUGCGUGCUGUACUUAGGGAUACGCUGGAACUACCCACUCGCUAUGCAAAGCUAUAUGACAACACCCCAAUCAAACUUCCUGCUGGAUUGCUUCUUUAUGGGCCACCUGGAUGCGGGAAAACUCUGCUGGCUAGCGCUGUGGCGCACGAAUGCGGCUUAAAUUUUAUAAGUGUAAAAGGCCCGGAAGUCCUGAACAAGUAUAUUGGAGCUAGUGAACAGGCAAUCCGUGACUUAUUUUAUCGUGCUGGCUCAGCGUCUCCGUCAGUGCUGUUUCUUGAUGAGUUCGACUCAAUAGCUCCUCGCCGCGGUGCGGACAAUACCGGUGUAACUGAUCGUAUGGUCAACCAGUUGCUCACAUUUUUAGAUGGCGUUGAAGCUCGCAAGGGCGUAUACGUACUGGCGGCUACAAGUCGACCGGAUAUGAUUGAUCCAGCGCUUCUUCGGCCGGGUCGUCUCGACAAGUCUUUGUAUUGCGGGUUUCCAGAUGAAGACGAGCGGUUAGAUAUUCUUCGCGCAGUCUCGAAAAACAUGAAGCUUGCUGACGAAGCUCUCAAUUUUCUCCCCGUCAUUGCAAGAGCCUCGAGAAGUACUUAUUUUACUGGAGCAGAUUUGCAAGCCAUCAUGUACUCAGCACAGCUCGAACUUGUGCACGAGAAGCUCAAUGGUAGCGGCCACAAUUUAAUCACCAAAGAUCAUGUGCAAAAGUCGUUUCAGAACGCCAAGCCAUCAACUUCUGAGGCCGCUCGUUUGCAGUUCGAGCGCAUGUACGCGAGUUUCUCCAAGGCGCGCAAAACGGACUUUGCACUUGCCGAAGCCAACGUUUCUGCAAGCAGCGAUUCGCCUAAGUCGCAUUUUGAGCAACGCACUGCCCUAGCUUAA